UGUUAAAAUAAAACAAAAAGUCAGUUUCCUUUACUCUUAACAAAUUUGUAUAGAUUCUGAUCCAUAAUAGUUAGCGAAUCCGAUAAUGUCAAUCUGCUCAACAAAUGUGACAUAUGAAUCAAAACUUUUUUGCAUUUACUUUUUUUUUUAAAGCUCAGUUUUUGUUUUUGUUUUUUUUAUGCAAAUAGAUGUUGAUUUUUAUUCAUUUAAUCAAUGUUUUUCAAAAAACUGAUCAACAAAAAUCAGGAACAUGAGGAAUCAAGAAGUAAGUGGCAACGAAAACUCCACUUGGCUCAAAUUAACCCAGGACCUGAUUUUGAUCUGAGCAAUUGUGCACUCCAAUGUGUUCCCAAAGGAAUUUACAGCCAAUGUCGAGUCUUCCGGAAGGAAUCGCUGUUGUUAAAUAAUAAUAAUCUCACUACAAUUCCUGAUGAUCACGACAACUGUCUUGAUGAUUUGGUGCAGUGCCUUAAAAUUUUGAAUGUAUCAAAAAAUGCCAUCAGAAGUCUUCCUUGCAAUAUAUCUAAGUUGGUCAAUUUAAAGGAACUGAAUUUAUCAAAUAACAUGUUAAAAUCUUUACCCGACUCAUUUGUUGGUUUAAAAGGCCUAGAAUCACUUGAUAUAAGUCACAAUCAAUUGAAACAGUUUCCUUUGUCUAUUUGCGGACUUCCAGCUCUCAAAUACAUCAACAUCUCACAUAAUCAAAUGAUAACUCACAUCCCUGCUGAAAUUUGCAAUUUAAUAAAUCUUGAAAGGCUACUAAUCGACGAGACUAGCAUCAAACAUCCUCCUAGACGCAUAUGUGAUAAAGGAAUCGAAAGUCUGUUCAAAUUCUUCAAUGGUGAUGUAUUGAAGAAUGAUCAAAUUGAAGUUUAUAGUAAAAAUUGUUCACAAGCCUCUAGUCAUGCAACUGCUAAAGAAUCAAUUCCUGAGGACACCUUACAAGCUUAUUUAACGAAAAAGGAUGAUCGUAAGAAGAGACUAAUAGAGUUCGAACAGCGAUUAUUGGAUGAAAACAAAUUCAUGAAAAUCACAAACAAUAUUGACAAAAGACAGGAAAUUUUAAACAAGAUGAAACAAGAUCAGAUGAUGCUGCACAAAGAUUUGGAAGCUUUUAAUCUUAAAAAGAUUGAAGACAAAUCAAUCAUUAUGGAAGCGUUAAACUUGGUCGAAAAUCAUUCCGCCAAGUUAUUGGACCAUUUGAGCUGCAUUGAUUUAAGUUCAAAAUGUCCUGAACAUAAACCAACCAAUGAGACUAGUGGACAUCAGGAUGGUUUAAUUGUGACCUUAGAAGAAAAAAUUCGCCAGCUAAUGAUUUCCAAAGACGAAACUAAAAAAAUUUUACAAUCAGAACUGGUUAAAGAAGAUGAAUCUUUGUACCGAGCUAUUUGCAACUUCAUGAAUAUGAAAAAUACCCAAAGUCGCAUCUUGUCUGAACAAAUUGCUUUGAUUGAAAAUGAACUUUACCAUCUUACAAAAACUGAGCUACAAACAAAUAGCUUUGCUGAUUCUCAUGGAUUUGAAAAAGCCAAUUUUGCUACACAAAUGAACAGCAUAAAUGAACAAAGGAUAGCUUUGGCAUCGGUGUUAAAAGAGCUGUUAAAUGAAAAACAAUCCAAAUCCAGUGAAAGCGAAAAAGAAUCAAAGAUAAUUCAAGCUUUGACGGAAGAUUUGGCCACCUCAGCUCCUGGAUUUAUGGAUGAUGUUUGCUUGAAAAGAUUAAUGGAAGAUCUAGACGAAUCUUUGGUACAACUAUAUUUACCAAUAUUUACAAGUGGUUCAGUGACUUUCAAACAAUUGGCAGAAGGAACUGAUGAUGAACUUAAAUUGUUUGGUAUCGAAAAAGAACAUAUUCCAAUAAUUCGAAAGCACAUUUCUCUUUGUAAAUCAAUUGAAACAAUUUCACCAAAAGCUCCACAGUCAGAAACUGUUACUGAACCCAGUGCUCCUCCGAUGAAAUUAUGGUAUUUAAUUGAAUGCGUCGUUUGCUUGGAUGAACUUAGCAAAAUAAUUUUCAUUCCUUGUGGACAUGUUUGCGCGUGCAUAGAAUGUUCUUCGUCGGUCGAUUUGUGUCCCAUUUGUCGAGCUGAAAUCAGUGAAAAAAUAAGAUAACCUUAAACACAAGACAGAACUUGAACAAAGAAGUUCAAGCUUAUUUGAAUCG